AGGCUGUCGCAUAUCGACGCGGACUUCGAGCGAGCACCUGCACCUGCUAAUCAACAUCGAUAUUUCAAAUAUUUUGUUAAAUAUUCUAAUUUAAAAAUGUCUCUAGCCUUCGUACAACCACCUCAGAAGAAAGGACCACCGCCAAAUCAAGCAUCUAUUCAAAAGAUGCUUGAUGAAAACAAUCAAUUGAUACAGACAAUUGUAGACUAUCAGACAAAGGGGAAAGCAUCAGAAUGCAUGCAGUACCAGCAGAUGCUGCACCGGAAUCUGGUUUACCUGGCAACCUUAGCGGACUCCAACCAGAACCUCACCAAUCAACUCUUGCCUGCUCUUGGACAGUCAGGUGGUCAAGGCAGCAUGACUUCUCAGCAGCCAAACCCACAGAUAAAUCAGAUGAGGCCCCCGGGAAAUAUCCCCAAUCAGAUGCCACAAGGUGGAGCACAAGGAUCUGUCAAUCAGUACAUGGGCGGGGCCGGUAUGUCUCCUCCCAACAGUAUGUACUCCCAACAAGGCCCCGUGGGAGCCCCAGCCCAAUCCAGUUCUGGGGGCUUCCCACAGGGGCCCAUGCAGUCACAGAUGAACCAGCCAAAUAUGGUGCCCCCCGGGAAUUUCAGUCAAGGGCAACAAAAUUAUAAUAUGCAACAUGGCAACUAUGGAAAUCAACAAGUUGGUCAACCAAUGAUGUCUCAACAACAGUCUGGUAUGACCCAGCAACAGCCAAUGGGAUCUCAGAAUCAGCAGCCAAUGAUGUCACAAGGAACACAGCCAAUGAUGUCACAGAAUCAGCAGAUGAUGUCUCAAAAUCAGCAACCCAUGAUGUCACAGAGCCAGCAACAGCCAAUGGGAUCUCAGAAUCAGCAGUCAAUGAUGUCACAGAAUCAGCAGCCAAUGAUUUCACAGAACCAGCAGCCAAUGAUGUCUCAGAACCAGCAGCCAAUAGGUGCACAGAAUCAACAGCAGCAAAUGAUUCCACAGAAUCAACAACAGCCUGGAAUGCCACAAAAUCAGCAGCCGCCUAUGGGCUCACAGGCUCAGCAGCCAAUGAUACCCUCUCAAGGGAUGAUGUCUGGUGGAAACAGAAUGGCAAAUCAAGGGGGGCAGAUGAUGAAUCAGCAGAUGCCAAUGCAGGGAGGGUAUAAUCGUCAGCGUCCACAACAAGGGCAAUAUCAACAAAAUUACCAAGGGCAACAGCCAUAUAACAACCAGUCUCAGUAUCCACAAGGCCAAGGACAACAAAAUUUCCCACAAGGUCAUGGUUACAAUCAAAACAUGCAACCAAAUCAGUAUGGUCCUUAUCAGGGACAAAAUACUCCUCAGAGGUACAGUCCAUACAGAGGCCCAGGGGGUCAAAUGAGUCAAGGUCAAAUGCCUAAUCAAAUGUCAGGUCAAGGACAAAUGCCAAACCAGACCCAAAUGGGAGGACCAGGUCCUAUGCCUUCUCAGCAAACUACAAUGGGAAAUCAAAGUCAAAUGCCAAAUCAAGGUGGUCAGAGUUCAAUGCCAGGUCAAGCUGGAAUGCCAAAUCCAGGUCAGGGCCAAAUGCCAGCUCAAGGAGGGCCUGGGCCAUCUCCAAUGGGUAAUCCGGGUCAGCAGGGGGGACCAAUGCCAAAUCCAGGAAACCAAAUGCAGGGUCAAGGACAGAUGAAUAACUAUGGAUACCAACAAAAUCAAUUUUAAUCUAACUUAAGCAUUAUCAUGUGGAGAUACAGAAAUUUGUUGUAUAGGCAUGAAUACUGUACAUGUAUACAGGGAAAUUUUUGCCUCCAUUUUAUUUUUGGCCUACCCUCAUUUGGACGAAUUUAAAUUGGGGCGAAUUCAAAGAAUACAGUACAUGUAAUAUCUUAAACAAAUCAAUGACUGGGUAAAUUUAAAAUGGGGCAAAAUUCUUUGCAAGAAUGAAAGGGUGAAAAUAAGAUGGGGUGAAAAUAACCCUGUAUACAGUAUAUUUCUUUUGGUGUAUUUUUUUUCACUUUUAUAGGUAUUAUAUCAUGAAAAAUUAAACAUGUUGGACAAAAUUUAAACUUGUGUAUUUUUGCUCAGUAGUUAUAAUCAGAGAUCUCAUUUUGGGUAUUGUUAUAGAGAGUCUGCAAUUCAAAAAUAUUCUUGGUUACCUCAGACAUUUUUGCUGUAUGUAUUUGUAGAUACAUCUGCAGACUACAUUUUUUGUAAGCUUAAACCAGCAUGCACUUAUAUUUAUGUUACAUGUAUAUUAUACAUUUUGUUUUUCAUUUACAGAACUGUGGUGCUAUGUAAAAAUUAAUUUUUUUUUAAAAUCAUUUUCUCACACAUACUUGGUACACAAGAUGGACUUUUCUUUAUUUCAGUUUAAAGAACUCAAAAACUGUUCAGUUUUAUUAAUUAACUUCAAGAAUAUGACAUAAGACUGACAGUUUUAUUGAUUGAGUUAUUGAUUAUAUCUGGUUUAAAGUCCCAUUUGAGAAUUUUCACUCAUAGAGAUGUCACCACAUACUAGUGAAGAGCUUCAAAUUUAGGCCAUUAAUCGACACUUUUGAUCUAGCUAGCAAUGAGGGCUUUUUAUCUUAUCGCCUACCGUGAUGCUGGGCCAAAAUUUCUAAGGUCUCGUUUAAAUGACCUGCAGCUUUCACUUCAAAGUGCCGAGUGCAUGGCGAAGGAACAGUUACUACCUGUGUCAACUUAGGUCAGCUGCAGCCCUGAUACGGACACACGACCUUGCGAUCAUGGAAUGACAGAUUUACUUAAAUAAGAAAUGGCUGACUUUUAUUGUGUCAGAGGGGUGUCUUUGACAAUACAGUAUAUUUUAAUGUAAUAGUGAUUUAUCUCAAGUUUAGUAAACAUAGGAAUCUUUAGAUUUUAUGUGAAUUUCAUUAUUUUGUUCUUUUAAUAAGUGUAAUCCAAGUUUGGUUGAGGUGCUCAAUAAAACUGUAGCUAUGCCACAGCGAAUCUCAUAGUAACUUGUACUGAUAUAAAUCCUUGCAUCACAUUGAUGUGUUGUUAUAAAUAAUUCAAAAAAUGAUUCUUACAGAAUCUUUCAAGAAGGCUUUGUAUGUGUAUAAGAUGGAAAAUUGUGGGGUGAUUGUUAUACUUUGUUAUUUUCUUUGUUCUGGAAAGUAAAAUUUUUUAUCUGAAGCUUACUAUUUUAGUGCUGAAAACAAAACAAAAAAAAAUGAUGUACACAUGUAGUAUUGUAUAAAUGGCUUUUAGAUUCAAUAGAUAAAUCUGUAGUGUUGUGUUCAUAGAAACUGCAAGUGUUUCCUAAUAUGUCUUAUGAUACAAAAUACUUAGAAAUAAUAUCAAAUGUUAUUUUUACUGUUAGGUCAGAAAAACAAAAAAACAAAAAUCUUUCAUUCAAAACAAUCCACAUUCAUGUACUUUAAAAUAUAAAUACCUUUGGAAUUUCUGGGGGGUGUAUUUUAUGCUCUGUAUUGUUUGUAAACAUUGUUUUAGAUGAUCACUCACUGUAUGUUAUUAUUGUCACCUUUUUCCUUUACUUCUGUGAAGUCAAUUUUUUGUGGUCCCAAGACGUGAAUGUCAGUUAAUGUUUUUUUUUUAACUUUGUUAAGGACAAGAAUUUUAAGACAUUGGUCUCUGCACCUGAAUUGGAUUUGACAUUGGACAAGGAAGGCAAUUGACAGGAUUAAUUAAAGC